CAUACAAAGUGAAAGGUGCAGGUGCUCUCAAUGCGCUGUGUGUAAACAACGCGAUUUUUUCUCGCGUAAAAAUAUUGUGCAAAAGUUUUUAGGCGCUUAAAAUAAAAUUCGAGCAGACACGGAAAACCCUCAAACCAGCAAAACGCCGCCAAAGCAAAAAGCAGCACACGGCCGGCAUACACACUCACACACACAUACACAGGCGAGCACAGUUCAGGUUCAAUCAAAGGCAAAGGCAAAGCCACAGCCACAGCCAAGCGCUGCCAAGUUGUAGCAAAAAAGCUCAAGUCGCAAAAUUUUGCGCAAGGGCAGGCCGAUUUGAGUGUUUUCCGUUUUCCGCUUCAUGUGGGGGUGGCUCAGCAGGAAAUUUCGCAACACUUGUGUGUCGUUUAGGGGUGGCAAACGAAUUGGAAUGAAACAAGCGUUUCGUUUUUUUCUUUCCACGCAGGACGGCACCGUUAACAUGGACAAGAUGACGGUGGCCCAGAAGAACGCAUAUCUGGAGGCGCACAUGGCCGUGCAGCAGCAAAUGGCACAGGCCGCCAUACAGUUCAAGCAGCAGCAGCAACAGAGCUCACCCACAGCCAAUAAUAAUAAUAAUAAUCAGAACAACAUGCAACAGCAGCAGCAACAACAACAACAACAACAGCAGCAGCAACAACAACAGCAGCAGCAACAACAGCAACACCAGCAGCAACAGCAGCAGCAGCACUAUGCAGCCACCAUUAAAGUACCACAGAUAAGUUCCUCCAGUUCAACGGGUGGCGCUGCAGUUGCUGCGGGUGAAAGCACGUUCACUGUGCCGGACGACGGCAUGGGCUUUGAGGGCGGCGUGCGCGUGCUGCAGAGUCUGGGCAGCUGGUCGGCGGCGGAGCAACUCACCUACAACAUACCCAAACCUAAUCUCAUACCAUUUACCGAGCCCUACGUGGAGGGCGGCUCCAUGCAUCCGGCCAGUCGGCUCAAGGCGUUGCAACAGGUGCAGCAGGCCAGCUCGGGCGUGCGCAAGACGAAUCCCUCAAAGACCACCAAUAAAGCGUUUGAAUGCACUGUCUGCGGCAAGGGGCUGGCACGCAAGGAUAAGCUGACCAUACACAUGCGCAUCCACACUGGCGAGAAGCCCUAUAUUUGUGAAGUCUGCAACAAAGCAUUCGCUCGACGGGACAAGCUUGUCAUACAUAUGAACAAGUUUAAGCAUGUGACACCCACGAACAUUGCGCCGCUUGGCAAGCGCUUGAACAACAUGGUGAAAAAGAAGGAGCAGCCCGAUCCGCCGCCAGAGGACAACAAGCAGAGUCUCGAGCUCCAGCUGCAGCAGCAAGCCGUCCAGGUGGCUGCUCAGAAUAUAAUUGUGCAAUCGGCGCAGGGCGCGCCAACGGCAAUUCCGGGCAUCAUCAUACCGCACCAUCAGCAACAGUUGUCGUGGACGUGUGAGUUGUGUGGUCGCAUGUUCUCGAGUCGAGACGAGUGGUCCAUUCAUGCCAAGAGUCAUCUGGAGGAACGGUUAGUCGUAGAGUCCACAAAACCGGCGGCCGCAAUUGCUAAGAGCAAUGGCGGCGGCAGCAGCAGCAGCAACAGCAACAAUCGCGGCUAUCAAGUAGAUGCAAACCAAAACCAAAUACAGAACAGCAACAACACCAGCAGCAGCAGCAACAACAACAACAAGAUCAUCAUACAAAAUCAAAUGAUACUCAACGCCAACGGGCAACCGCAGCAGCAGCAGCAACAUGUUGUUGUAAGCAAAAAAGCAAGCAGAAAGCAACAGCAGCAACAACAACAACAACAACUUCAGCACCAGCAACCAGCACAGACCAGCGCGCCUAUGUACAACAACAACAACUGCGGCACUCAGCAACAGGCACAAGAAGUGUCGGUGCCCGUGUCGCACAUCAUUGCCAACUCACCGACAGCAGCCACCUAUAUGCAGGCCCAGCUCAGCGGGCUGCACACCAAUGGCAACACAACGGUUGGUGUCGUCGAUGCCGGCAACAUGAAUAUGCCCAUUGUCACCUACAAUGGCAAUCAGUAUUGUGUAAUAACGCGCGCCCCGGAAUCGGAUGCCAUGCAGAAGCAGUUGGAUUAUGGCCAGGCGGCUACCACCACGAACAUCAUCGUGAUGUCGCCAAUGUUGCCCACGCAGCAGCAGCAGCAACAACAACAGCAGCAACAGCAGCUGCAGCAGCAGCAACCAAAUUGAGUCUGCGCUUAAUGAGGCGGCAAGUUGGGACUUGAUAAGCUUGCUUUUGCUCGAACGGCUAACGACAGUUAAUGGCAGCUUGGCAGCAAUGGGAGAAAGGCAAUACAAUUGGCCAAUGAAUGAAAGUGCGCCUGCCUCAGGAGCAGCAAUCACCGCCAAUAUACCGCUAUAAAAUACAAAUUGUAAAUAAAGUUUUUAAAAAACUUAUAAAACUUAUAAAAAAAAAGAAAUGAAAACGAAAGUCACAAAGAAAUUUAAGCAUGUGUAUGUUAACUUUAAGCCAUUUUACAUUUAAUCCAAAACAAUAUGCCAGCCUAUAAAGCAAAAUGUUUUCGAAUAAGUUUUGCAUGCAAUGCUUCUUGAAUUAAUUUCAUUCUAAAAACCCAACGUAUUCAUAACUUGCAUUAACUAUGUAGUCUAAGUAAUUUUACAUAUCCACUAAAGAAAACAAAAUAAAUACAGCAGCCAUAACACUGAGAUAAGUUUUGUCGCAAGUAUUUGAGUUAGAUAAUAAACAGCAAUAUAUAUGUGUUGUGUAUUGUACUUGUAAAAUAGUAUGCGUUUUGUUUAUUUAUAAAUGUGCUAACAAACCAUAACAAACAAAUGUAACUCAAAGCAAAAAACAAACAAACAAAACAAAGAAUAUGUCUUAAUAUAAGUAAGUAGUUGGGUAGUUUACUUCAAAGAUAUUCCAUGCUACCAAAAGUGAAAAAUAAAAUUUAAUAAAUUUCAAAAAAUACAA